CCACCGCCGUCCGGCCACAGCAAUGGCGCCUCCGACCACCCCCACCCCCCGACGGCCCUUCAGCCCACUGAGAUGCAUCGGAAUAAUCCUCCUAACCACCAUCAUCAUCGUGGGCCUAGUCAUCCUCAUCCUAUGGCUAGCAGUCCGCCCUCACCGCCCCAUUUACUUCGUCGAAAACGGCGCCGUCCACAACUUCAACCUAACCACCGACAACCGCCUCACCGCCGACUUCAACUUCACCCUCAAAGCCUACAACCCCAACAAGCGCAUCUCCAUCUCCUACGCGCGCGUGGAGGCGCAGCUCUACUUCGGCAACGAGCAGAUCGCGUUCGCCACGUGGCCCGCCGCCUUCAACCAGGCGGUGAGGAACGUCACGUACCUCCCCCUGUUCCUUCCGGCCAAAAACGUCACGCUUUACGGCGACACCACUAGGGACUUCAAGAACGAGCGGUCCGCCGGAAAAGUGGACUUGGUGAUCAAGAUUAACGCGCGGGUGAGAUUCAAGAUGGGGUCGUGGCGAUCAAGGUAUCGCACGCUUAGGGUUAUAUGCACCCCUACCGAUUACUACUAUUCUUCCAAGGGUUUUAAGGAGACUAAGUGUGACACCGACUUAUAAUAUAUUAUUAUGGGUUUUAAGUGUUUAUUUAUUUAUGAUUUUUUAAAAUAUUGUUUUAACGUAACCCGGUUUGCCUUUGGUGAGCUUGUGUAUUUAAGUUUUAUUUAAUUUGUUAUUACGGAGUAUUAUUUUUGGUUUGGAUUGUCAAUUGUAAUUUAUGUUGCAAAAAUAUUACUUGGACACUGAAAAUCUACUCUCAACUUUUACUCCA